GCCUAAGGUUUCGAGAUUUAAUUUACUAAAUGAAUUGUGACAGGGCGUGUUUCAAGGAGGAUUCUUGAAAUUAAUGAGGACUCCUCAGAAGAAGUCGUAUCUUUCUUCUUCCAUCUUCUCUUCUUCUUUUUGGCUUCUCUAUCUUCUCCUACCUUUGUCUCUUCUCAUUUUUCUUCUGUUCAAGCUUCCUCCUGACUUCUCUUCUUGGUCUUCCUUGUCUUCUUCAUUGACCGGCAGAUUUGACUUUUCCCCAUCUAAUCUUUCCUUUACUUCUUCUUCUUCUUCUUCUUCUUCUUCACUGGUACUACAGUUAGCUUCAAACAAUGUCAAUGCUUCUAUCACCAUUAAUGGAUCCUCUUCAGAUGCUAAUUCCUUCACAUUACCGGCAAAUCCAGCUCCGGCCAUCUAUGUCAUAUCAAACAACGCAUCUACAAACACAUCCGAUACUUGUACACCAGAAAUAUUGAAAGAAGAAAAAAUACCGCAGAAUGGUGAAAUAAAUGUUGUGAAAGAGACGACAAGAGUUGGCAGAUUGGAGAAGCUUGAAUCUAGACUGAGUAGAGUCAGGUCUUCCAUAAGAGAAGCUGCUCUUGUAAGAAACUUGACAUCACUCCAUGCAGACCCAGAUUACGUUCCUUGGGGGUCCAUAUAUAGGAAUCCUAACUCUUUCCACAGGAGUUACUUGGAGAUGGAGAAGAUGUUCAAGAUAUAUGUAUACGAAGAGGGAGAACCACCCAUGUUCCACAAUGGACCAUGCAAGAGUAUAUAUUCAACAGAAGGGAGGUUCAUUAAUGAAAUGGAGAAGGGUAAAUUUCAUAGAACAAAAAACCCAGAUGAGGCUCUCGUUUAUUUCCUUCCCUUCAGCGUAGUAAUGAUGGUUCAGUACCUUUACGUCCCUGAAUCCACUAACACUCAUUCCAUCGGCCGUGCCGUCGUGGACUACAUCACUCUCAUCGCUAAUAGAUAUCCCUUUUGGAAUCGCAGCCUUGGCGCCGAUCAUUUCAUGCUUUCCUGCCAUGAUUGGGGGCCACGAGCAUCAUCUUAUGUUCCAAACUUGUUUAACAACUCCAUCAGAGUCCUAUGCAACGCCAACACCUCAGAAGGAUUCAACCCAGCAAAAGACGCUUCGUUCCCGGAGAUCAACCUCAUAACAGGCGAGAUCAACGGCCUUCUCGGCGGCGAGUCCCCUUCCCGGCGACCCAUUCUCGCCUUCUUCGCCGGCCGUCUUCACGGCCACAUUCGCCACCUUCUUCUCCAACAAUGGAAAGACAAAGACGACGACGUUCAAGUCUACGAUCAUUUGCCAGAGGGAGAAUCAUACACAUCCAAGUUAAAGAAGAGCAAGUUCUGUCUAUGUCCGAGCGGGUACGAGGUGGCGAGUCCGAGAGUGGUGGAGGCCAUUUACGCGGAAUGCGUGCCGGUAUUAAUCUCCGAGAGCUAUACGGCCCCGUUUAGCGACGUACUGAACUGGAAGGCGUUUUCGGUGGAGGUGAAGGUGGAGGAUAUACCAAAUAUAAAGAAGAUACUGGGGAGUAUAUCGCAGAGGCAGUACUUGAAGAUGCAGAGGAGAGUGAAGGAGGUUCAGAGACAUUUUGUGGUCAAUUCAACGCCUAAAAGAUUUGACUUUUUUCAUAUGACUCUUCAUUCUGUUUGGCUUAGGAGAUUGAACGUUCGAAUCCAGGAUAAAAAUUGACCGAUUGAUACAAUAUUCGGCUCAACAUUCUCCACCCAAUUUAUUUAUUUUUUAUAAUUGUCAAAAAUCGUUGAAAUUUUUGUGUGUAAUUGUCAAAUCACGUACCGUACAAAAAAUUAUUUAUAGUUGCCCAUUUAUAU